AGCUGUGCGCGCACGCCCCGCGCGCGCUCCACCCGUCUCAUCGUCAUCGGCCAGCCUUGGGCGCUUGGCUUGGCUGUGCUUAUAAAUUCCGAUCCGCGCCGCUCCAACCCCGGCCCUCUCAGGAUUGUCGAUCGCGAGAGAGAAUCCUACCAAACCCCAGCUACCAACUCGAUCGAUCAUCUCAUCACUCGACCGCACAUACAAAGCGGGAAAAAAAACCUAAAAACUAACUCUCUCCAACUUCCUCUGCCUUUCUGCGUGCUUCAUUCGGCACUACCACUACGAGCUAGAUAGCCAGCUUUCGUGACGAAACUAGCUAGCUAGCUACAGCUAGCUAAAGAGAGGGAAGAACAACAGCUGGUGCGUGGUGUCUCGAUCGCUGAUCAUCAUCGUCGAUCGUCGUCGUCGCGCGCCAAGAUGACCGUCGUCGACGCCGUCUCCACUGAUGCCGCCGGCGCCGCCCCAGCUGCCGCCGCGGCGCCGGUGGUGGUGGCGCAGCCCGGGAACGGGCAGACCGUGUGCGUCACCGGCGCGGCCGGGUACAUCGCCUCGUGGCUCGUCAAGAUGCUGCUCGAGAAGGGAUACACUGUCAAGGGCACCGUCAGGAACCCAGAUGACCCGAAGAACGCGCACCUCAAGGCGCUGGACGGCGCGGCCGAGCGGCUGAUCCUCUGCAAGGCCGACCUCCUGGACUACGACGCCAUCUGCCGCGCCGUGCAGGGCUGCCAGGGCGUCUUCCACACCGCCUCCCCCGUCACCGACGAUCCGGAGCAAAUGGUGGAGCCGGCGGUGCGCGGCACGGAGUACGUGAUCAACGCGGCGGCGGAGGCCGGCACGGUGCGGCGGGUGGUGUUCACGUCCUCCAUCGGCGCGGUGACCAUGGACCCCAGCCGCGGGCCCGACGUCGUGGUCGACGAGUCGUGCUGGAGCGACCUCGAGUUCUGCAAGAAAACCAGGAACUGGUACUGCUACGGCAAGGCGGUGGCGGAGCAGGCGGCGUGGGACGCGGCCCGGCAGCGCGGCGUGGACCUGGUGGUGGUGAACCCGGUGCUGGUGGUGGGCCCGCUGCUGCAGCCGACGGUGAACGCCAGCAUCGCGCACGUGCUCAAGUACCUGGACGGCUCCGCGCGCACCUUCGCCAACGCCGUGCAGGCGUACGUGGACGUCCGCGACGUCGCCGACGCGCACCUCCGCGUCUUCGAGAGCCCCGCCGCGUCCGGCCGAUACCUCUGCGCCGAGCGCGUCCUCCACCGCGAGGACGUCGUCCGCAUCCUCGCCAAGCUCUUCCCCGAGUACCCCGUCCCCACCAGGUGCUCCGACGAGGUGAACCCGCGGAAGCAGCCGUACAAGUUCUCGAACCAGAAGCUCCGGGACCUGGGAUUGGAGUUCCGGCCGGUGAGCCAGUCGCUCUACGAUACGGUGAAGAACCUUCAGGAGAAGGGCCACCUGCCGGUGCUCGGAGAGCAGACGACGGAGGCCGACAAGGAGGAGGCCAACGCCGCCGCCGAGGUGCAGCAGGGAGGAAUCGCCAUCCGUGCGUGAGCUAGAGGGAGAUGCCACGUACACAUGAACACAAAAAAGCAAUGUUCAUUCAUACUGCUGCCCUGCCCCUGCUGUGUAAACAAACUACUAGUGUUUGUUCGCUGGCUGAUGAUAUCUGUACCCUAAGGCUUGUAAACGUAAUGUUCGUUCUUGUGAACUAUAGUGAUGAGUGAAUAAAAAUGGUUAAUGUUCGUUCA